ACACUGAUUCAGCUGUACUCAGAAGUACAGACAGGUUCUCCUUCAAAGGGGGAGGGGAAGAGGAAAAGCCAUUUAUUUAUUCCUGAAAAGAAAAGAGAUAGGAAAUUAAAAAGCUACUAUUCAGCUAGACAUAGGUAUUUUAAAGAAAAGGAUGCUUUGGAAGACUUUACUGCUGCUGCUGUUCUAUUACAGUGCUCAUGCCACUGUGACCCACAGAUGGAGCAGAGCUAUGCUUUUCCCAGCUGCUCAGCGAUUCAAGAGGUCCUCAGCUGCCUUCUUUAACCCAGUGCUACAAAACUCGCUGGAAGAUGUGGUUCUGCUUUAUGAGUUUCUUUUAGCUGAGCUUGACAUUGACAAAGGUCAGAGGAUCUCCAUCAAAGAUGAGGAGCUCGCUUCACUGAGGAAGGCUGCUGAGUUUGACACCAUCUGCAAUGAGAUUAUCCCCAAGAGCAUCACAGAGAUCCGCAGGCUGAGUAGCAGGCUGUCUUCCUACCCAAGGGUCCUCAAGAAAGAAGACUUUGAAAGGACAGUGCUGACUAUGGUCUACACAGCCUACAGGGCUGCUCAGACACAGGGGCACCAGAAAGACAUUUGGGCUGAAUCCUUUGUCAGUCUUUACAAAGCCCUGAAGAACGACUUAAUGUUCCCAUACAGCAAAGAGCCGUCACUACAGAAGACUUGAUGCAACAGCAACUUAUCCACCUCUUCUGGUUGGUAAAGGACACACAUAGCACGUCCUCCACUUUAUUUUAUAGAGUUUACUAGCCUGCUUCAUGAAAAAUUAUUUGUUUUCUAGCUCCCUCUUGUGGAAUCCAUGCUAUAGUUCCAUGUUAAAUGGGAAAAAAAUGUUACCUAUGGUCCUGGGAAUUCGAUUUUUGUGCUGG